CUUUGACCCCGGAGUCACUGCCCGCAGCUAAGAUGGCCACGUCGGUAGCCGCCGCUACCGGGCGGCUGCGGCGGGCCAUUCGAAGGUCGCCCCUGUGGUGGGGCCCCAGCCGCCGGCCGCUGACCUCCUUGCCCCCUCCAGCCCGGGCCUCGGCCGUGCGGGACGCCUUCCUGAGCUUCUUUCGGGAUCGCCAUGGCCACCGGCUGGUACCCUCCGCUUCCGUGCGGCCCCGCGGCGACCCCAGUCUGCUUUUCGUCAAUGCCGGCAUGAACCAGUUCAAGCCAAUCUUUCUGGGCACUGUGGAUCCAAGAAGUGAGAUGGCAGGCUUCCGGCGUGUGGCCAACAGCCAGAAAUGUGUGAGAGCUGGAGGACGCCAUAACGACCUGGAAGAUGUGGGUCGAGACCUUUCCCAUCAUACCUUUUUUGAGAUGCUUGGCAAUUGGGCGUUUGGGGGUGAAUAUUUUAAGGAGGAGGCUUGCAGCAUGGCCUGGGAACUGCUGACUCAGGUCUAUGGGAUCCCUGAGGAUAGGCUCUGGGUCUCCUACUUUGGUGGUGACCCCAAGGCAGGGCUGGACCCAGACCUGGAGAUCAGAGACAUCUGGCUCAGCUUAGGGGUGCCUGCCAGCCGUGUGCUUUCCUUCGGACCGCAAGAGAACUUCUGGGAGAUGGGAGAUACUGGCCCUUGCGGACCCUGUACCGAGAUCCACUAUGACCUGGCUGGUGUGGUGGGAGCUCCCCAGCUGGUGGAGCUUUGGAAUCUGGUCUUCAUGCAACACAACAGAGAGGCAGAUGGAAGGCUGCAGCCCUUGCCUCAGCGGCAUGUGGACACAGGAAUGGGCCUGGAAAGGCUGGUGGCUGUGCUGCAAGGCAGAUGCUCCACCUACGACACAGACCUCUUCUCCCCGCUGCUCAGCGCCAUACACCGGGGCUGCAGGGUACCCCCUUACUUGGGCCGGGUAGGGGUAGCAGAUGAGGACCGCGUUGACACGGCAUACCGCGUGGUAGCUGACCAUAUCCGCACACUCAGUGUCUGCAUUGCCGACGGCAUCUUCCCUGGAAUGUCAGGCGCCCCGCUGGUUCUUCGUCGGAUCCUCCGCCGAGCUGUGCGGUUUUCCACGGAAGUCUUGCAGGCACCACCUGGCUUCCUGGGCAGCUUGGUGCCUGUUGUGGUGGAGACACUGGGGGAUGCUUAUCCAGAACUGCAGAAGAAUUCAGCCCAGAUAGCCAGCCUGGUGACAGAGGAUGAGGCCGCGUUCUUGGCCUCCCUGCAGCGAGGCCGGCGGAUCAUUGAACGGACCCUGAAGCGACUGGGGCCUUCAGACGCAUUCCCUGCCGAAGUGGCCUGGUCCUUGUCCUUAUCUGGGAACCUGGGACUCCCCCUGGACCUGGUGCAGCUGAUGCUGGAGGAGAAAGGGGUGCAGCUGGACUCUGCUGGGCUGGAGCAGCUGGCCCAGGAAGAAGCCCAGCACCGGGCACAGCAGGCUGACCCUGUUCAGGAACGGGGACUGCGGCUUGACGUCCAUGCGCUGGGAGAGCUGCAGCGCCGAGGGGUGCCCCCAACCGAUGACAGCCCCAAGUACAACUACUCUCUGCAACCCAAUGGAGGUUAUGAGUUUGGCACCUGUGAGGCCCAAGUGCUGCAGCUGUAUACAGAGAAUGGGACAGCUGUGACCUCUGUGGGGGACGGCCAGCGCUGUGGCCUCCUCUUGGACAAGACCAACUUCUAUGCGGAACAGGGGGGUCAGGCUUCAGACCGUGGCUACCUGGUACAGGCAGGGCAACAGGAUGUGCUGUUUCCAGUGGUUCGAGCCCAGGUCUGUGGGGGCUUCAUCCUGCAUGAGGCAGUGGCCCCUGAAGGCCUGCAGAUAGGGGACCGGGUGCAGCUGCACGUGGAUGAGGCCUGGCGUCUGGGCUGCAUGGAGAAGCACACAGCCACCCACCUGCUGAAUUGGGCGCUGCGGCAGGCCCUGGGCCCUUGCACAGAACAGCGGGGCUCCCAUCUCAGCCCCGAGCGGCUGCGCUUCGAUGUGGCCACCCAGGCCCCAUUGACCCCAGAGCAGCUCCGGGCAGUAGAGGACACUGUGCAGGAGGCCGUGGGGCAGGAUGAGGCUGUGUACAUGGAAGAGGUGGCCCUUGCACUCACUGCCCGAGUCCCUGGCCUGCGCACUCUGGAUGAGGUAUACCCAGACCCUGUGCGGGUGGUGUCAGUGGGGGUGCCUGUGACCCGUGCACUGGACCCAGCUUCCCAAGCUGCCCUGCAGACCUCUGUGGAGCUGUGCUGCGGGACGCACCUGCUGCGCACAGGGGCUGUGGGUGACCUGGUCAUCAUUGGGGAACGCCAGCUUUCCAAGGGCACCACCCGCCUGCUGGCUGUCACUGGGGAGCAGGCCCGGCAGGCCCGAGAGGUAGGCCAGAGCCUGGUCCAGGAAGUAGAAGCAGCUGCAGAGCGGCUGAGUCGGGGCAGCAGGGCUGUGGUGGAGGCUCAGCGACUGUCUAAGCACAUGGGACAACUCACUGAUGCUGUGGACACUGCCAUGAUGCCACAGUGGCAGCGGCGGGAGCUGCAGGCCACACUGAAGAUGCUGCAGCGGCGUGCCAACACCGCUGUCCGCAAACUGGAGAUAGGGCAGGCUGCAAGGAAAACCCAGGAACUGCUGGAACGGCACUCGCAGGGGCCUCUGAUUGUGGACACCGUCUCUGCUGAGUCCCUCUCAGUGCUGGUGAAGGUGGUCCGGCAGCUGUGUGAGCAGGCCCCCCGCACGUCUGUGCUCCUCCUCAGCCCCCAGCCAGUGGGGAGUGUGCUGUGUGCCUGUCAGGUGGCCCAGGGUGCCAUGCCCACUUUCACAGCAGAGGCCUGGGCACUGGCAGUGUGCAGCCACAUGGGGGGCAAGGCCUGGGGCUCUCGAGUGGUGGCUCAGGGCACUGGAAGCACUGCUGACCUGGAAGCUGCCCUCAAGACAGCCCGAGCCUACGCCCUCAGCCAGCUCUGAUCUAGGCCCACCCGGGCCCACACGGACUAAAGGCAAGCACCAAGAGCCCGGGAAGAACCAGUAGAACCUCAAGGCAGUGGGUCAAGGCAGAGGACUAGAGGCUGGAGGCCAAGCAACUGAGCCAAAGAGGCCACCUGGGCCGGGCCCUAUGUGACACACGGAGAUGUAGGCUAGGGAAGGCAGAAGUGGGAGAGACACACCCCCAGUGAAUGUGAAAACAUGGGUGAUUGUGGCUGUGAUUGCUCAUUAAAAAGUAUUUCUGGGCCAGGUAUGAUGGCUCACUCCUGUAAUCCCAGCACUCUGAGAGGACAAGGUGGGAAGAUGGCUUGAGCCCAGGAGUUUGAAACCAACUCAGGCUACAUAACAAGACCUCAUCUCUAAAAAAAUAAAAAUUAAAAAAUUAGCCAGAUGUGGUGGCACGCGCCCAUAGUCCUGGUUACUUGGGAGGCUGAGGCAAGAGGAUUGCUCGAGAUCAGGAGUUUGAGGCUGCAGUGAGCCGUGAUUGUGCCUCUGCAUUCCAGCCUGGGCAACAGAGUGAGGUUUCAAUUCAAAAUAAAAUUUUU